CGUGUUGCAGUUUUUCCGUGCAGUGUCCGUAGUAAACCGUGCGUUGCGUGGUCCUGCCCUCCUGGGCGUGUGAUUUAUCGAAACGAAAGGAACUCAACGUUGUGCUUUGUAAAAAUCGAAUAAAAGUGCAAUACGUUAUUCGCGUUAGCCCGGUGUGGUGCAUUCACAAUUAUUGAUCGCCACUCUCGACGGCGGGCAGUGUGGUGUUGUGAUAAAGUUUGGGAUUCGGGCUUUCUUCGGCCCAUACUAAGUUUUGCUCCUUUUUGGCGUACAGUGUGCGAGAGCAAAGUGUGAAAAGAGCGGAGAGCCUAAACCCUUGCCGAAGAACAUGCCCGCCGUGGUAGAGAUGGAUGCUGCUGCCUCCAUUCCGCUUCGGGAUGUUUUGUGUCCAGCGAUGAACGGAGUCGCCGCCGCCACCCUCAAUCGAUCCGCCGGUUCUGGUGACAUGAAUCACCGAUUGAAAAUGGCAUCUACCUGGAGCAACGGAUCGGGGAUUCUCGAUCACUCCCGAUCCCCGUCGGUUGGUGAAACGUUCAUAUCGGCCGCUGCUUCGUCGGAAGCUGCCUACGCUUCGUCGUUCUCGGACAGCGACUGUACGGACGAUUCGGAUGCCGGAUGCGGUGGACCGGAUGAGGAGGAAGCGGAAAUGCUUGACUUUACUGUGGAGAGAAGCGCCUACGGGUACGUAACGACAGCGACGAUAGCCGUUCCCGGCCAGAAUGGUCAACCGAAUGGAAUGCCGAGUGGCGCGAGCGAUGGGGCGACGAUUUCGCUGCCAACGGAACUUCCACCCCAGACGGUGGCUUUCAGUGUACCGGAGAAAGGUCCUUCGCCAUCGUCGGGAUCAACGUCGGUGGCAUUAUCUUUCGAAUCGAGCGCCGACGAUUCAACGGUUCGCGAGCUGAACGAACGUCACAUCAGCGUCAAGGUGGUGCCGGAGAAGAAGGGCCUGUUUCUGAAGCAUUCCGAAUACGAGAUCAAACGGAAGGGCUCCGAAAAGCCCGUCCGUCGGCGGUACAAGGACUUCGUCACGCUGCACAGCUAUCUGAUGGAGAAGUAUCCCUACCGCGCGCUGCCAGCACUUCCACCCAAACAGCUGAUGUUGGAUUCGUUGCUCGAAGAACGGCGCCGAGGAUUACAGGCUUGGCUCACCUUCGUGUCGCUGCAUCCCGUGCUGCAAGCAUCCCCGCUCGUCAGUAUCUUCUUGCAGGACGUUACCACCGACUACCGGUACCGGAUGCGCGUAGCCUACGAGAAACAGAUCGACGAGUUCGCGCGCCUACGACAAGACGUGUCCCUACCGACCGUAGAUGGGAGCGCUUUGGCUGCGAGCAAAACGCGAAUGCACCGUGUGCAGGACGCGAUCGAUCAGCUAAUGCAGCUCUUCGAUCAUCAGGCGAAACGCACCAAGAAACAGCUUACCGAGCGGGCCACCAUCGAUCGGAUCCUGCAGAGCGACGAGCUACGUGGCGUGUUCGGGGAGCGCUGCUUCGAGGAUAUGACGACCAGUGUGCGCGAAGCCACGGUGCUGUGCGAAAAGUAUGUCCAGAUCCAACAUCGGGCAGUUAUCGAACGGCUGCGCGUGCUGCUCGAAGCAUUACAUGCUCACAGUGACCUAUGCGAACGCAUCGAGAGGGGUGCGUUUGCCGACUACCAGAAAGCUCUCUCGAAGGCUGCCACCGGAAGUGUUACAAUGAAAGUGAAAGUGGCAGACACACUCACCACGACGCCCGCUAUGGAGGUAAGCAAGUUCGCAAGACGCGCGGCUUUUGCGUUCAGUGUUUUGCGCAAUGAAACCGACCUUAUCGAACGGUACCUGCAAUCGUUGCCCUCGAUCCUCCUGUCCUACGCCUUCGAAGAGCAGCAACACCAUCAAAAGAUGGCCAAAAUAUGGGACGAACUAGUGACGAGCGAGUCCGGUAAAUUGCUCUAGGGACAGCUGCGGUAGAGAUGGAUGACGCACAAAAUAGGACAAAACAAUCGACAUUCGGAAGCACAGGGAACGGUGAGGCUGACCAAACCGCAGGAGAGCCCACUUCACAAGGCGGUGGUGUGGUUGUUGCUGCCACUUAAUAGGCCAAACUUGGUGUUGACUUAGCCGCACCCGAAUUUGUUUAUAACUUUCAGCACGUGGUGAGUGCUGUAAUAAAUUAAUGCAAAUAUUUGAACCUCGAUUGAAUGGUCCGAGCUCUGUCA